CCCGCGGGAGGCGCUACAGGCAGUCACUCUCCGCUCCGCGGCUGCGUUGUCUGCGGUUCCUCUCGACCCCGCCGGAGGUGUUGUUUCCCGAGCCGGGCGGUGCUUCGGCUCGACCUCGGUGUGGUCGCGCAAUGGCGGUGGACGAGGUUUCCGAGUUUCUGCAGCAGAACCGGCGGCUCUCCGACUGGCUGGAGACGGUGAAGGGAGACAGCGAGGCGGAGGGGCAUUGGAAGGCCCGGCGCGAGUUCAUUCUGCGCAACAUGCCGGAGGAGCAAAAGGCGAGCGGCGCGGAGCCGGGGCUUAACACCGACCGGCUCCUCGCCCUCUCCAUGGUCUGGGCCAACCACGUCUUCCUGGGCUGCCGAUACUCAAACAAAGUGAUGGAUAAAGUGUUGGAGAUGGGUGAAGGGAUCGACGUUACAGAUGCUCCAGUACACACGACAAGGGAUGAAUUGGUAGCCAAUAAGAAGAAAAGGGAGCUUUCAAACAACAACAAUGAAAAGAUUAAAGAAGAACCUUGCAUUAAGAAAAAAGCAGUUGAAGAAGAAAAAGCCAUUGCAUUUCCUUCAUUGUCUGAAUCUACUGGAAAUGGCAGCCAGGAUGUCGAUCCCAAUAAAAUUCCAGGUCUGGAUGGUUUUCCUGACAGUGAGCCAGCAGAUCCUUUGCCUGAACCUCAGGUGCAGGUUCCAGUCUGUCCUGCACCAUCCACUGACUCAAAUCAAAAAGAGGUCCAGCAAAUCCCAAAAGAAAAUGAAGUGAAGAAAGUUAGCACACCUGCGCAGGUUCCAGUUACUCAUCAGCAAACAUUGCCGCAUCGUUCUGAAUCUCCGGCGCAGAUUAAGAACUUCUCACCUAAUGCUGUGGAGGCUAAGCCGGCUGUUCAUUUAGAUGUUGUUGAUCGCCCUGUCCCUGUGACAAAUUCCCAGAAGGCAGCACAGCCAUCUGUUUCACAGAGUUGCAAGUCCCCCAUUACAGUGAUCAAUUUAACUCCUGAAGCUAUAAAAGAGAAGCAAACAUUUUACAACAAACUCUACAAAGCUAUAGCAUGGAAGCUGGUGUCAGCUGGUGGUUUCAGCAAUGAAAUUAACCAUUUAACUAUUUUGAGUAACUGCAUACAGUCAAACAAGGAAACACUUGAAAGUAUCUGUGUUCCCUUGAAAGAUAUAUCUGAGCUGCAUUUACCACAAAGCUCUGCCCGUGAAGGAAUUGUUUGUGAAUUACGGUGUAAAUCUGUUUAUCUAGCUACAGGAUAUGGUAAAUGCAAAGUGACUGCCAAGGAUAUGGCUGCUAAGGAGGCUGUGAAAUUAUUUUUGAAACACAAGGUUACAGUGAAGACUUGUAAAAGAAAAUUCAAAGGAAAUGAAAUUGAGGAUUUAGUACUUUUGAGUGAUGACAUACAUCGGUUAAACUUAGCUCCUGCAUUAAUGAAUCCUUUAGAAUCUUCUACAAGGUAAAUGUACUUGUAAAUGUUACUUCAAUGAGUUAAUUGGAAAUAUUUUAUAUAUAUGAAUACAUAUUAAAAAUUUGAAAUCCGUUUGUUACUUGAUUGUAAAAGCGAGGCACUGCAGUUAAAUUUAUGAUUUGAAUUUCUGUUAACACCAGAUUAAAGCUGCAUUGCCCGACAGUUUCUCAAAUCGAUAGAAUUACCCAAGUAAGAUUAUUUUUAGGUUGUUAUUAUAAAUCUAUUAUUCUGUCAAUAAACAUUGGUCUUGAAAUACUCUUCAAAUUGUUGUAAUUUUCCCAUUGCUACCGAUUGUUCUAAAGGAAAAACACAAAAGCAUAGCUCUAGCAAAUACAAUAAGACCGCAAGAAUCUUUCCAUCUGUAAGUCAGGCUAGGGUACAUUUUUAAACUAGCUUUACAGAGGUUAAAAUGUUGUAUAAUUUUAUGUUCCAAACUCAUCACUGUAAUAGAGUUGCUUUAUUUAAACAUGAUUGUGAUUUUAGUGUGGAUUGGAAUUGAUCACAGGCAGUCAAAACUGGUAGAUAAUUUUUAUUGAUAUAAAAAAAAUCCAAUUUAAAUGCCUACUUUUCUAAAAUGACAUUCAAGAUAGUCAAAUCAGUGUGGGAAGAAAAGUGAUGAAAUCUGCAUCUUGAGGUAGGAGAGCCCUAUGCUUUAUUCCCAAAUUUGAAUAGCUUUAUUCUCAGAUGCACACCUCCACGAGUUAGUGUAGAAGGAGUAUUCAUAUCAUUUUUAUUGUCCUGAUUUUCUAGUCUUUUUAAAAUGUAUUGUGAAAAUGUGUGCUCUAUUUCUGUUUAAAGUAAUGUUGCAUACAAUUCAGUUUUAAGUACAGUCCCAAUUACUUUAAUACUCUGCACAUUUCUUUCUUUGCUAUUUAUAAUUUUCUGCUUUGGUCAUAAUGUAAAUAUCUUGCCCUCUGCUCUUAUCUAGAUUUAACUCAUCUAUCUAAUAGAGAUGAAUAUUUAUAAAAGGAUCAGGGAGGCAUGAGUGGUGAAUGAUAGGAAGUGUAUUGAAUCCAAAAUAAUGUUUUAAUUAACGAUCCAAUGCAAUGGUCUUUUCAUUAGGUUGCAAGAAUCUGAAUGAUAUGGUUUAAAAUUUUUAGAAUCUACAAUUGGCAAGAUUUGUAUUUGGUUCCAGGCUUUUCGGCCUUAAUACUGGUGUGUAUAGACAGUACCAACAUGUUAUAAGAUAAACUGAGCUGUAGAUAAUAAAGACACGAUUGCCAUUGUUGCAGCCCAGUCACACAUUAGAAACUCAGUUUUAAUGUAAUAUUUUUGACUGUUUCUUUAAUCCUGAUCAGAUACUGGAUGGAUAUUUAACAGAGGUUCCAUUAUAUUGUGAUGAGUAUGUGAAAUUUGUAUUAUCUCCUUGGAUUUAUGGAAAUCAGUAAUACUUCAUUAAUUUAUUUGUUUUAGAAUGUAAUAAUUAGAAAAGUGGUUUUAUGAAGAUUAAUUGCAGAUGAUGGUCAAUGUUUCAUUCAUUGUAUGCAAGCUUUGUAUUUGUUUUCUCCUGUGAUACAUGUAAACCAGAUCUAAUCAUUAGAUUGCAUCUAAAUAUAUGCCAAGAAAUCCACAAUUAUUAACUCAAAGGAUACUAAUUAGUUCUGAAUUUUAUUGGAAUUUAUUGGUAAUUAUCUUAUUUUGCCUGUGCUCCAAACUCCUAAAUCUGAGAAUAUCUCUACCCUAUCAAAUAAUUUCCUAAUUUUUAUAUCAAAUCAUCCAUUGGUCUCUGUUUCACUAGAGAAAAGCAUGCAAUCUUGCAACACACAAAAUGUUGGAGAAAUUCAGCAGGUUAGGCAGUGCGUUUAGGGCUGAGACCCUUCCAAGACUUGAUUUUUUUUUCAUUUUAGAUACAGCCUCUGUGUUCUAGAAUCAGGUAAUCUGUUUUGUUCAGGUGAGUUAUGGAUCUGUGCUUUAAAAUACCUUUGCUUUUCCACUUUCAAGCACUUUCUGAGUGGCUUCCUUAUUCUUCCUACCAAAAUAUAUUGCCUCAAAAACAUGUUCAACAGCAAUUCUAUGUAUUACUUUUCGCCCUCCGAUAUUACUGCAUAAAUUUGGUGUUGUCCGCAAAUUUGAGUUCUCUUCCAAUUCUGAAUUUGUGAACGAUGCUGUUCUAUGCACUGAUUAUCUUUUACCACUUUCCCACGUCUUCCUACCAUGAAUGAAUAUCAUGUAGAUGAGUAAUGUCUCUUAAAAUGAAGUAAGAUUAUAGUUAAUGGAUUAAAAUAAUCUUCUGUCUCAAAUGCAACUGAUAUGCUUUAGUAAUGAGAUGGUCAAGCUUUAUUUGUUUUAAUUUUCAUUCAAGUUAAUUUCAAUGAAAAAUGCUCCACUGAGCAUAUUUUAAAAACAGAAAUAAUGGCCAGAAGUAUUUGGAUUAGGGUCAUCACUAUUUCAGAAAAAGUUUGGUUGCAUCGUGUCUGUAAAAUAACAAGGACCCGACAGUAUUAAUUUUUCUUCAGAAAUGGUGUUUUCAGAAUUCUAUGCUAAAUACAUUUGACUGUUAACCUCCUAAAAACGGGUUUUGAUCUUUAAUCCGGAAACAACACAUACCAGUGUCUGCUUUUAUGUUUUGCCUAAACGUAUCUAAAAGUAAAGUCUAUUCUAUCGAUAUGUUGCUAUUUUGGGUUCAGAUGGAAUGUGUAUAUUGAAUAACAAUGAUUCAUCUUUUGUGAAUUUAAAUCAAAGUUGAAAUUAUAGAUAGUGCGAAUAGCAAAUCGCUUUUGUGUCUGUGAAUCCCUUUUCUGACCUUUUUCAUUUGAACAGCAUAAAGUUGAUAUUAGAAAAAUAAGGCCAAACAAAUGGUUGCCACCCAUGAGAGCAAUACUUAAUGGCCAACACCAUUGAAGACCUACACAAAUGUGCAAAUCAAAUCAUGAGUGGGCUGCUUUUUAAAAAGUUGCAGUGUUACACCUUUAGUUGAGGUCAGAUGUAGUUUAUUUGGCAGUGCUUUUCCUAUUUAGUUUGUCCCUUUCCACUGAGAAAUGAAGGAAGUGCUGCACUUUUGUAUUUUGUAUGUCGGUGCAGAUUGGUUGUAACUAAAUGUUAAGGAUAAUCAAAAAAUAUAAACAGCAAAUGCUGGAAAACUGAAAUAACAAACAUAGAAAAUGGCACUGGCAAAGAGAUUAGAAAAGUUGGCUUUAAGUUGCAGAGAGGGUGGGAGAGAGUAAAGACACAGUGUUCAUGGGGCAAAUAGAAGGGCAAAAUGUAAAGAAAUGAAUAAAAUCUAUGAAAUAAUCUGAAUGAAGAUACAAGUAAACAAGAGUUGAAAAAUGCAGAGCUGUAAAGCUUGUCCAUCUGUGUUAAUAGAAUUUUUUUUUAAAACUGAAGCAAUAUCACAGAAGGAUUGACAGAUGGGCUACCCAGUUGAGUUUUAUUUCUAGUUAUUAUUACUUGGCACUUUGUGGAAGGUUGCUCUCAAAUCAUUCUGGGAAAGAAAAAAAUAAUAAUUGCAAAAUUUCUGAACUUUGAUGUUAGUUCACCUAAUAUUAAGGUUUGUAUCCUGACAAUGAAUCUUUAGCUAAAGCAUUAAUCUCAAAUUCUUCAAAAAAAAUUAUGAAUACUUUUUUCUUAUGCUCAUGGUGUACUAGCAGUGUAAGUUAAUAGUUCAAGUACUUUGUUGUAUUGUUUAGUCCAGGACCAAGGUAAUAUGAGAAAGAAUAUUGUCAAAAUUGUAUUUCAUGAUGCAAAUUUGUGCCCCCACCACCACCAUUUAAUGUAAUCAGCUAACUGCUUUUUGAAAUGUUAAAAAUGUUGUAUUAACAGUGUAGAGGCCUGCCUUGCUAUUCUAACAACUAAUGUAAAUGAACAUGAAGGUAAGGCUAGUCUAGAAUAGCAGACAAAAUUAGAUUUUCUCCUUUUUCGGUUUAGUACAUUUUUGUUUUAGAUUGAGUUGCCAGCAAUUUCUAAACUGUUAUUUUGCAUGUUUGAAAGCACUAAUGGUCCAUAGCGGAUUCUGAUCCUAUCAUAAAGGAGUUAAUAUUUCUGGCACAGACAGCUUCCUGUUCAUUCAGGACAAAUUCUUUCCUCUGUUUGUUCUUUGCUUUCUUGCUGUUACUAGGCGUUGAGCAGGACUUGCUUCUACUCCAGUUUUGGAUAUUCUUAAAUGAUGGAUAGAUCCUUUGUGGGAUUCACAGGUAGAGCACGAGAAUCUUGAUGGGGUGGGUGGAUAGUUUGUGAGGUGGUGCCACCAUUUCCACUGGACCUCUACAUAUUGCCAAUAAUGGAAUUUCAAGUUCACUCCCAGACUAAGUGCUGUGCCUUGAUUUUGAGUGGUGGUGGACCUAGAAUUCCCACAGCUUUGCAAGAAUUUUACACCCUUUCAAAGAGCAUCUUUGUUGUAUUUCAUCUUCCUUCUUGAUCAUUCAUUACUGUGACAAUGCUUGGGGUAGAGUACCAGUAUUGGGAGUAUGAAGUUGGGCAUUCAAUAAAUAAAUAAAUAGAUUUAAAUGAUAUGAUGGAACUAGCUGAGCAUAAUAACACCGUGAUGCCAUUGUUUGACAGGGUACACUGACUUAGGUUCACUUAUCUCGCCAAUACAUUUGACACACUAGAAGCUCUCAUUUUUGAAGGUUAUUUGUACUGAAUUGAUAUCAAUAUCUGGCAAUAUAUUUUUUAAACAAAAACUACUGAUGUGUUGUAUUCUACUACAAUAUUGUGAGUUCAAUUGUUUUGUCUGUAAUCUAUUACAGAGUUGUAAAUGUAACAACAGUUUUUAAUGCUAGGUUUGGUGUGGACCUUUCUAAACUGCUUUAUAUGUUUAUGUAAAUUGAUUUCUAAAAUGAUAUAUUUGUAUAAAACAAAAGCAUCCAUUCUUUUUGUUUUGUACUCUUUUAAUAAAACAUUUUCUUCUUUCUUCUGUG